ACUGUUUGUAUACGUCGCCGAAGAACUAAAAUGAUAUAAAAUGCUGAUGAUACGGGUUCAAGUCACCAUUCGUCCAGUAGUAUCAAUCCAGUGCAAACAUGAAAUCGAUCAUCUGUGUUGUUCUCGUUGCCGGUCUGGUUGGCGUUAACGCUCAAACCGAGGAACAAUUAAAAAAAGCCGAUGGGUACGCCACCACGUGCUUGGCUAAGUUCAACGGUUUGACCAGAGAUGAAGUGUUGAAGCUACGUGCCGGGGAGUUCGCUAACGCUAAUCAGGAUUUGAAAUGCUUCACUAAAUGUUUCCUGGAGGAGGCUGGCUUCCUGAGCGCCGAUGGAAAGUUGUUGGAUGAUAAGGCGGUUGAGCGAUUGUCUAUUGGUAGAGAUGCGGGUAAGGUGGAAGCUCUGGUGAAGAAAUGCAGCGUGCAAAAAGAUGACCCAUGUGAAACCGCCUUCCGCGCCAUCGAGUGCUUCCACAAUGGAAAGGCUUCGGUACUGUAAAUGCGAUGUGAUAGUGGAAUGAUUCUGAUCAAUAAAGUCUGGUUGCAACACACGGAAA